AUAUUCCCUUUAGAUUUUAUCAAGAGAGCUUCAGAUUUGGAGACUUUUAAGAUCCUUCACUGAUCAGUCUUGCUUAUCACACAGAAAGACUCAAGUUCUAGAUUAAGCUGCAGGCAUGGAAGUUGCCAUGGAGAAACUAGAGGAUGACUUGUUCUUUGCAGAAUUAACUAAGCAAAUUUCCCUUCUAAUUAUGGAUGAUGAGGAGGACCCUAUUGCAACUUACCCUUCAGUUUCUCUUCAGGCUUUCUCUUGUGCAAUCCAUCCACCUGCACAUCCUGUCCUUCUGUAUGAGCAUUCCUGCAGAAGAGAAACCAAAGGAACUGGAGUUUUCAUCCCCCAAUCAACACAUUCAAGAAGAAAGCACAGACAGGGAAGGUUUGCUUCAUACAACCCAAAAUCCCACGGAUCGUCACAAGCUGAUCACAACAAAAGGAUGGUUUCCCAAGUAUCUUCGGACUGCGCUUUUAGACCGAAAAAUGGAUGAGAUUUAGAACGAAAAUUAUCAAGAAGUAUUGUACAAGGCAAUAAAUUUCUGCUGAUAAGUCCCCUUGCCAAACAUGGCAAGCUUUAAGGCAAGGCAAGGAAAGGCUAUUUACUUUUGUUCCCUAGUUACUCUGUCAAGGGGAAGCUUACCAAAGGGUAUAGGUUUGUACCCUUUGAAUUGUACAUGUAUGGGGGAAUUUUAGGUUGGAUAUAGAAUGAGCUUUUCUCUAAUUCAUUAAAUCGUUUUAUGUUGAUUUCAAUUUGAUUAUUUGUCCAAAAUGUUUUAUGGCUUAGCUUAAUUUGAAUAAGUCAAGAUAUGUGAGUUACGUUAGUUGAUCAA